CCGCCCAGGCCCGUCUCUCGGCCGCGCGCCCCUCCCCCUCCCCGGCGCUCUCUUUCUGUCAGCCGCUGUCCCUCUUCCCCUCUUGGGCCCGCGUCGGUGGCUUCCUCUCGCACCUGAGCGCACGCACCUGCCCGGGCCCGCGCCCUCUCUUCCUGCUCCCCUCUUUCCCUCCCGCCUUUCCCUUCGGGCCCUGAAGGCUCUGCCGGGUGGCGGGCGCCUGGCGGCUGCGUCACCGCCGCCCCCCUAGACAAGAUGGACACCGCCGAGGAAGACAUAUGUAGAGUGUGUCGGUCAGAAGGAACACCCGAGAAACCUCUUUAUCAUCCUUGUGUAUGUACUGGCAGUAUUAAGUUUAUUCAUCAAGAAUGCUUAGUUCAGUGGUUGAAACACAGUCGAAAAGAAUACUGUGAAUUAUGCAAGCACAGAUUUGCUUUCACACCAAUUUAUUCUCCAGAUAUGCCUUCACGGCUACCAAUCCAAGACAUAUUUGCUGGACUGGUUACAAGUAUUGGCACUGCAAUACGAUACUGGUUUCAUUAUACACUUGUGGCCUUUGCAUGGUUGGGAGUUGUUCCUCUUACAGCAUGCCGCAUCUACAAGUGCUUGUUUACUGGCUCCGUGAGCUCACUACUGACACUGCCACUAGAUAUGCUGUCAACGGAAAAUUUGUUGGCAGAUUGCUUACAGGGCUGUUUUGUGGUGACAUGCACACUUUGUGCAUUCAUCAGCCUGGUGUGGUUACGAGAGCAGAUAGUCCAUGGGGGAGCACCAAUUUGGCUGGAGCAUGCUGCUCCAGCCUUCAAUGCUGCUGGACACCACCAAAAUGAGGCUCCUGUAGGAGGAAAUGGUGCAGAAAACGCUGCUGCUGAUCAGCCAGCUAACCCAGUAGGUGAGAAUGCAGUGCUGGGUGAGAACCCUGAUGCCCAGGACGGUCAAGCAGAAGAGGAGGAGGAGGACAAUGAGGAGGAAGAUGAUGCGGGUGUGGAAGAUGCUGCUGACGCCAACAAUGGAGCCCAAGAUGACAUGAACUGGAACGCUCUGGAGUGGGACCGGGCUGCAGAAGAGCUUACUUGGGAAAGAAUGCUUGGACUUGAUGGAUCAUUAGUUUUUCUGGAACACGUGUUCUGGGUGGUGUCUUUAAAUACAUUGUUCAUUCUUGUUUUUGCAUUCUGUCCUUACCACAUCGGUCAUUUCUCCCUUGUUGGUUUGGGAUUUGAGGAACAUGUCCAAGCAUCUCAUUUUGAAGGUCUAAUCACGACAAUUGUUGGAUAUAUACUUUUAGCAAUAACGCUGAUAAUUUGUCACGCCUUGGCAACUCUUGUUAAGUUUCAUAGGUCUCGACGCUUGCUGGGAGUCUGCUAUAUUGUGGUUAAGGUUUCUUUGUUAGUUGUGGUAGAAAUUGGAGUGUUCCCUCUCAUUUGUGGCUGGUGGCUGGAUAUUUGUUCUCUGGAAAUGUUUGAUGCUACUCUGAAAGAUCGAGAACUGAGCUUUCAGUCAGCUCCAGGAACUACGAUGUUUCUGCACUGGCUGGUGGGAAUGGUGUAUGUGUUCUACUUUGCCUCCUUCAUUCUGUUACUGAGAGAGGUACUUCGACCUGGUGUCUUAUGGUUUUUAAGGAAUUUGAAUGAUCCAGAUUUUAAUCCAGUACAGGAAAUGAUCCACUUGCCCAUUUAUAGGCAUCUCCGAAGAUUUAUUUUGUCAGUGAUUGUCUUUGGCUCCAUUGUACUUCUGAUGCUCUGGCUUCCUAUACGUAUAAUUAAGAGUCUCUUGCCUAAUUUUCUUCCCUACAAUGUCAUGCUCUACAGUGAUGCUCCAGUGAGUGAGCUGUCCCUUGAGCUGCUCCUGCUGCAGGUCGUCUUGCCAGCAUUGCUGGAACAGGGACACACGAGGCAGUGGCUGAAGGGGCUUGUGCGUGCCUGGACUGUUACUGCUGGAUACUUGCUGGACCUUCAUUCCUACUUACUGGGAGACCAGGAAGAAAAUGAGAACAGUGCAAAUCAGCAGGUCAACAAUAACCAGCCUGCUCGAAACAACAAUGCUGUUCCUGCUGGGGAGGGUCUGCAUGCAGCCCACCAAGCCAUACUCCAGCAGGGAGGACCUGUCGGCUUUCAGCCUUACCGCCGGCCUUUUAAUUUCCCACUCAGGAUAUUUCUGCUGAUUGUCUUCAUGUGCAUAACAUUACUAAUUGCCAGCCUCAUUUGCCUUACCUUACCAGUAUUUGCUGGCCGUUGGUUAAUGUCAUUUUGGACGGGGACCGCCAAAAUCCACGAGCUGUACACGGCUGCUUGUGGUCUCUAUGUAUGUUGGCUAACCAUAAGGGCGGUGACGGUGCUGGUGGCCUGGAUGCCCCAGGGACGCAGAGUGAUUUUCCAGAAGGUUAAAGAGUGGUCCCUCAUGAUCAUGAAGACUUUGAUAGUUGCUGUGCUGCUGGCCGGAGUUGUCCCACUGCUACUGGGGCUCCUGUUUGAGCUGGUUAUUGUUGCUCCUCUGAGGGUCCCUCUUGACCAGACUCCCCUUUUCUACCCUUGGCAGGACUGGGCACUAGGAGUGCUGCAUGCCAAAAUUAUCGCAGCUAUCACUCUGAUGGGUCCUCAGUGGUGGUUGAAAACUGUCAUUGAACAGGUUUAUGCAAAUGGCAUUCGGAACAUCGACCUUCAUUAUAUCAUUCGUAAGCUGGCGGCUCCGGUGAUCUCCGUGCUCUUACUUUCCCUGUGUGUACCUUAUGUCAUAGCUUCUGGUGUGGUUCCUUUACUAGGUGUUACUGCGGAGAUGCAGAACUUAGUCCACCGGCGGAUUUACCCGUUUUUAUUGAUGGUCGUUGUGUUGAUGGGGAUCCUGUCCUUCCAGGUCCGCCAGUUUAAGCGCCUUUAUGAACACAUUAAAAAUGACAAGUACCUUGUGGGGCAGCGCCUGGUGAACUAUGAGCGCAAAUCUGGCAAGCAAGGCCCGUCCACACCACCUCCACAGUCGUCCCAAGAAUAAAGUGCUUAUCUCAGCUCCUUGACCUUCUCCUUGCCUUUCCGUGUCCUUUUUUGUGGACUUCUCACUUUGGAGAAUCUCCCCGUGAUCUCAGCGUUGUUUCUAAGUUACUGUACUUGACUUGUGUCCUCAGCGUUCCAAGAGCAGCACGUCCGGCACCGCUGCUCCUCCCUGCAUCUGCCGACACCACUGCUGUCUGACAUCUGUACAUGUGUAAAUAGGAGUUCCCUGAUGCCCCAAAACCUUGGAUUAAACAGAAUGUGCAUUGUA